AUGGCAGCCAUUGCAGACAAAUCAUUUACUAGAUUUGCACACUCGUCCCAAAGUCACCCGUUGAUAUGCGGCGUGCAUGAGCAAAGGGAGCGUGACUUCUCCUUUCUGAUUCAGCAAGUCGAGGACCAUGUCUCAAUCUUGGAAAAUCAUCGCCAACAACUUGCUAGUGAGCUUCAUGUUCUGCGAGAAUAUUCAUGGGGCUUGCAUCGAGAGUCGUCUCGCUGUCAUAUCCUGCUCUCGCCGGCGGAUCGCCUUCCACGCUUCGUCCCACUUCGGGCAGUGACGGUCGUUGAUAGCGUGAUUGCCUUAACAGGCAGCGCAUUUAACAACAUCCGAUGUGCACUACUCAACGCGAUGAUGGCCCGCGCACUUACCGCAGGCCUCGGGGUUCGGGCACCGGUCCUCCUUAUGUUUAUAUUUUUGACAUUUGCGGCAUCGCAGCGGCCUCGGACGUUCAUAGAAUCUAUCGGAGAACGCUGCUUCCUCUCGCACAUGGGCAAUUCGACGGGUUAA